CACCUGGCGAGUGCGGCCGGAACACCGGUCACUGUUUUCUGUGCGCACGUUGCAAGGUCCGAGUGUGAGUCUGAGUAUGGAUUUCGUAUCAGAAUCCACUCUUGAAGUUUACUUCAGUAACUUCAGGAAACGUUGGUGAUUUGUGAAUCUGGGACUACCUAUACUGGAAGAGUUGUUACAUCUAGUUAAGCUAAUACUUGAAGAUAUGACCUUGAUGGGCACAGAAACUGCAUGGAAAUAAAGAAAAUUUAAGGUAUAAUUUGGCCUCCCGAGAUUCUGUCUUAGCACAAAGAAAGUGAAAAAUACUCUUGAAAAGAAAACUAAGACAAUAAGAAAACAAGACUUCCUUUUACAUGGUUGUCAGCUCACUUACCAAUAUGGACAGUUUUCCCACCAUUUUUCCUCCUGGUGGAGACAGUGGGCUGACAAGUUCUCAAUCUGAGUUCCAAAAAAUGUUAAUUGAUGAACGGUUACGAUGUGAACAUCAUAAAACUAAUUAUCAGACUCUGAAAGCUGAACACACAAGGUUGCAGGAUGAGUACAUAAAGUCACAAAAUGAGCUCAAGCGCCUAUUAAAUGAAAAGCAAACUCACCAGGAAAAAUUUCAGCUGCUGCUUGAAGAGCUACGAGGGGAAUUAGUAGAGAAAACUAAAGACUUAGAAGAAAUGAAGCUGCAGGUAUUAAGUCCACAAAAGUUGGAAUUGUUACGAGCUGAAAUACAACAGGAACUAGAAACUCCAAUGAGAGAAUGUUUUAGGCGUCUGGAUGAAGAAGUAGAAAAGUAUAGAGCUGAAUAUAAUAAACUUCGCUAUGAACAUACAUUUCUCAAAUCAGAAUUUGAACACCAGAAAGAAGAAUUUGCACGUGUUUUAGAAGAAGAAAAAAUAAAAUAUGAAUCAGAGAUUGCAAGACUGGAGAAAGAUAAAGAAGAACUAUAUAACCAGCUGCUUAGUGUUGAUCCCACAAGAGACAGCAAACGAGUGGAGCAGCUUGUUCGAGAAAAAGUCCAUUUGUGUCAGAAAUUAAAAGGUUUAGAGGCUGAAGUAGCAGAAUUGAGAGCUGAAAAAGAAAAUUCUGGUGCUCAGGUAGAAAAUGUCCAGAGAAUUCAGGUGCGGCAGUUGGCUGAGAUGCAGGCUACAGUCAGAUCCCUGGAGGCUGAAAAACAGUCUGCUAAACUACAGGCUGAACGCUUGGAAAAAGAGCUACAAUCAAGCAAUGAACAAAACACUACUUUAAUUAGUAAAUUGCAUAAAGCUGAACGGGAAAUAAAUACAUUGACCAGUAAAGUAAAAGAACUUAAACAUUCAAACAAACUAGAAAUAACAGACAUCAAACUGGAGGCAGCAAGAGCUAAGAGUGAGCUAGAAAGAGAAAGGAAUAAAAUUCAAAGUGAACUGGAUGGAUUACAGUCAGACAAUGAAAUUCUCACAUCAGCUGUUGAACACCACAAAGUGCUUUUAGUAGAAAAGGACCGUGAAUUAAUACGUAAAGUACAAGCUGCCAAAGAAGAAGGUUACCAGAAACUUGUGGUAUUACAAGAUGAAAAGCUAGAACUUGAGAGCAGAUUAGCGGAUUUAGAGAAAAUGAAAGUGGAACAUGAUGUCAGGAGGCAAUCUGAAAAGGAUCAGUGUGAAGAGAGAUUGCGAGCUUCACAGAUGGCAGAAGAGUCGGCCAGGAGGGAACUUCAGAGUAUUAGGUUAAAACUUCAACAACAAAUUGUGAAUAUUGAAAAUGCAGAGAAAGAAAAAAAUGAAAAUUCUGACCUGAAACAGCAAAUCAGUAGUUUGCAGAUCCAAGUGACCUCACUUGCACAGUCAGAGAAUGAGUUGCUGAAUUCAAACCAAACACUGAAGGAAAUGGUGGAGAGGUUAAAACAGGAAUGCCGAAAUUUAAGAAGCCAAGCUGAAAAAGCACAACUAGAAGUUGAAAAGGCGUUGGAAGAUAAGCAAAUACAGUGGUUGGAAGAAAAGCAUAGGCUUCAUGAACGUAUCACUGACAGAGAAGAAAAGUAUAAUCAAGCUAAGGAGAAAUUGCAGCGAGCUGCAAUUGCCCAAAAAAAGAGAAAAUCUCUUCAUGAAAACAAGUUGAAGAGAAUGCAGGAAAAGGUAGAAGUCUUGGAGGCAAAGAGAGAAGAAUUAGAAACAGAAAAUCAGGUGUUAAAUAGACAAAAUGUUCCAUUUGAAGAAUAUACAAGGCUUCAAAAAAGACUAAAGGAUAUACAGAGAAGACAUAAUGAAUUUCGAAGUUUAAUUUUGGGUCCUAACAUACCUUCAACAGCAUCCAUCAAUCCUGUUAGCUUUCAGUCAUCAACUGUGAUUCCAGGCAUGGAACUAUCCUUUCCUCCUCAUAUUCAGGAGGAGCAGCAUCAAAGGGAACUCUCUCUACUUCGCAAAAGACUAGAAGAACUAGAAACAACACAAAGAAAACAACUAGAGGAACUUGGAUUUCCUGGGGAAUGAUUUUCUUGGAGAAAAGGCAUAUCAAAAGGGAUCAAAAUCAGUGACUCAGUAAGGCUUGAAGUUUUAAUGUAUGUGGUAUUUAGAUACUUUAUUACUGUUUGCCAAAACACUUGAAUGUGCCUCAAGAGAAGGUACCAGUACAUGAUGUAUUGAAUGAAUGUCAGGAUUUUAGGGUUAUACUAAUGAUAAGUGAAGCACUAAAGCAGCUUCAGAGAUAUUUAGAAUAUUAUUGACAACCCUUUGAGAAUGUGAAAUAAAUGAACAAAUAAAAGGAACUCAUUAGGGAAUCAAGUUUUUAAAUUAUUUUAUUAAUCUUAUUUUGUUGAAUUUUUUGGCAUUUUGCCUAAAACAUGCCCAUCUUGAAUUCCCUCUUCCUCUUCUUUGAGAUGCUUGGCAAUAACAGGGUCAGUGAACAUUUUCUGGUUUACUAUAUAUGAAUUAUAAACCUCUAGUUCUUGAAAAAUGACAAUUUUAGAGUUAGUAUAAAAAAAUAGAUACCUAGAUAUAUAUUAUAAAACACUCCC